AUCGUAGCAGCGUUAGGGGAUAUUUACGAGAAGAUGAGUGAGAAUCUCGGUGCGAAACUAUCGGCGACUAAAGUCACUACUACGGUUUCAACUAGUGGUCCUGUGACUAGCACUACUACUGCCUCAACUAGUGGUCCUGUGACUAGCACUGCUACUACCUCAACUAGUGGUCCUGUGAUUAGCACUACUACUGUCUCAACUAGUGGUCCUGUGACUAGCACUACUACAUCCUCUUCAUCUGGCCAGUGUUCGGAUGACUUCUGCGUUGCUGAUAGGACGACGUUCCCUAACCUCCUCCCGGCGGGCCAAAUAACUACCGAGUCCUUCAGUUUCACUGACUAUGGUGCAUGGUACCUAGCUGGUUACUCUAGUGAUGAUGGUAUCCGUAUGCUUUGGAGACUCCAUUGCAACCAAUGGCUACCUGUUGCCGAGAAGACUAUUUCCAAUAUCGAGGUUUCGGGCAACGAUAUAUUCGUGUUUGGCAUCAGCGAGGGUGACGUUGGUGUUUUUUACCCGAAGAAUAACAAUGCUUAUCGCAUAAUAGCUCAGGCGGAUCCUUCCAAGGAGUAUACUGGUGUCACCUUUGAUCAACACUCGAAUAUUCUAUAUGUUACCGAGAAGGCUACUGGGCAGAUUGCUCGGUUCACAGGUCACUACUACGGUUUCAACUAG